AUGGCCUCGCGCUUCAAUGCCAGCAAGCUGUUCAUCCGCACGCGCUUCAACUACGAGAAGCUGCCUGGCGCCGACAGCCAGAGCUCCUCGCCGCUGCCGCUGUUCAGCAGCAAGUCAUGGCCCACUACCCGCGCCCGCCAGCCCUCGUGGGUCAACAAGGUGCAGCGCCCACGCUUCUCCAUGGCCCGCAUCUUGACCCUGCUCGUCACCGUCGCCGUCCUGGCCUCGAUGCUCGGCGGCGGCAUCUACCGCCGCCACAAGAUGCACAUGCAGCACGGUGGCGACGAGAGGAAACAGUACCACUGGGAGCACUACCCACGACUUUCGGGCUUCUGGAACGGCGUCCGCACCAUCGUCCCCUACGGCGACUGGGUCUCUGAGCAGGACUACGUCAAGUACUCGCAGAGCCCCAACCCCGAGGACAACAUCAAGCCCAAGUGGCCGCACAUGUCCAAGGACAACAAGGAGCCGCCCAUGGACCCGGUCCCCUUCAACCCCUACCCGUUCGAGUCCGAGGCCUACCUCAAGGACCACGACAAGGUCGAGACCUGCUACCUCGACGAGGACGAGAAGAUCGACCUCCCUGACAUCUACGCCUACCCCGGCAUCCCCCAGAACGCGACCGCUCCCUUCUUCGGCUCGUACGAGGAGCUCGGCAUGAACGACAAGGUUUGCUUCGAGCGAUUCGGCCGUCUCGGGCCCUACGGCUACUCUUACUCCCGAGAAGAGGGCGGCCUUGACAUGUCGGCCAAGUCCGAGAAGGCUGGCUCCGAGAAGAUCUGGAGCUGGGAGAAGAAGGUCGACUACCGCAAGGUCAAGUGGGCCGAUGCCCAGAAGCGAUGCCACGAGAAGAACAUGCACCGCUUCAAGAAGAAUGACACCGCGGCUGAGGGCGCCGGCCCCGCCAAGAAGAAGGUCUCUCGCCACGCCUACAUUCUCCGCACCUGGACAGGCUACAAGUACAGCGACUACCAGAUUCUCAGUCUCCGUGCCAUGAUCAGCGAGCUUGCACUCAAGUCUGGCGGCGAGUACGAUGUCCACUUCCUGAUCCACGUCAAGGACGACAGCAUCCCAAUCUGGUCGUCCGAGGAGAUUUACCAGAAGGUCAUCGAGGACAACCUGCCCAAGGAGUUCUGGGGCAUGGCUACUCUGUGGUCUGGCGCUCAGAUGCAGAUGUACUACCCCGAGCCUUUUCCCAACAACGUCUACAACCACGCCAAGGCGCCCGUCCACUCCGUCUACCGCAGUGCACACUUUGCCCUGCAGUGGUUCUCGCAGGCCCGCCCCGAGUACGACUUCUACUGGAACUGGGAGAUGGAUCUCCGUCUCACCGGUCACUACUACGAGUUCAACACCAAGAUUGGCGAAUUCGCCAAGAGACAGCCGCGCAAGGGUCUGUGGGAGCGUUCUUCGCGCUACUACAUCCCCGAGCUCCAUGGCUCUUGGAAGAACUUCACCGAGCUGGUCGAGGAGGAGCUCUACAACAGCGACGAAAAGCCCGUCUGGGGUCCUCCCAAGUUCGAGAACACUGGCAUGCUUCCCAGUCCCCCUGAGACUGAGCCACCCACAUCGUACCUCCAGGACAAUUACGAGUGGGGUGUUGGUGAAGAAGCCGACAUCAUCACCUUCAACCCCAUCUUCGACCCUGCCAAGACCAACUGGGUCUUCCGUGACGACGUCACCGGCUACGACCUUGAGCUCCCCGAACCCCCACGACGAUGCGCAAUCAUUACCGUUGCACGACUUUCAAAGCGUCUCUUGGACCUGAUGCACCGCGAGACGUACCUAAUGAAGCACCACAUGUUUCCCGAGAUGUGGCCGCCAACGGUUGCGUUCCACCACGGACUCAAAGCCGUCUACGCCAACCAUCCCGUCUACUUUGACCACAACUGGCCGCUUGAGGCCCUCGACGGAACCUACAACAAGCCGCCUAAGCCAACAGACAGCGUUUUUGGCUGGGGUGAGCACAAUCAGCUGGGCAACAGCUUCUACUACAACGCUGGCUUCUCUUCUGAAUGGUGGAGGAGAUGGCUCGGCUCGCGCGAGAACGACAAGGGCGGCCCAGCUGAGGAAGAGGCUGGCUCCGGUCGUCUCUGCAUGCGCCCGGCGCUGUUCCACCCCGUCAAGUACGAAAAGGGCUCAGAAUGA